AUGGAGUAUCGAUCCGCGACUGGUCUCAAACCUGUUAUUCCGCCCUCGCGAGAGCAGGUUACUUUCCCCGUAGCCCAUGGACCAAGAGAUCCCAUUGUGUGUUCGGGCUUCGAUGGGUAUUCAUCCUCGGGUUGAGUAAAUCAUAAAGUUCUGAAAGAUACAGAUACGAAUAAGCAUAACAGUUAAAUUGACCUUUACAAGCAAUCUUAUCACGCGUCAGAAAUCAGCUAACGACGGUAGCGACGGUGCUUCUAUAAAUCGCUUAAGCAUUUACCCGUCAACCGUUGCUGAGUGUAGACGCUGAGAAGAAAAUGGCAAAGCAAGCCCAAGUUAAAUAUACCCAAUUGUUCAUCGAUAAUGAAUUCGUGGAUGCUGUAAGUGGCCGUAAAUUUCCUACAAUAAAUCCUGCCACUGGGAAAGUUAUUGCUGAAAUCGCCGAAGGAGAUAAGGCUGAUGUAGAUAAAGCAGUGGAAGCUGCUAAACGAGCCUUUAACAGAAAUUCGAAAUGGCGCACAAUGAAUCCAUACGUCCGUGGACAACUUAUGCACAAGUUCGCAGAUCUCAUUACGCGCGAUUUAGAUUAUAUCGCCACUCUCGAAACUCUUGAUAAUGGAAAAACAUAUGCAAGUGCUGUUGGCGAUAUUCAAGCAAGUAUUGCUACUCUCCGUUAUUAUGCAGGAUGGUGUGAUAAGAUACUUGGGACUACCAUUCCAACAGGCGAUACCACUCUUACAUUGACGCGAAAGGAGCCAGUCGGUGUUGUUGGACAAAUCAUCCCUUGGAAUUAUCCUUUCCUGAUGUUGGCUUGGAAAUGGGCCCCUGCCUUGGCUACUGGAUGUACUUUAAUCUUAAAGCCAGCAGAGCAAACACCAUUGAGCGCGCUUUACGCAGCUGCUUUAGCUAAAGAGGCAGGAUUUCCAGCGGGUGUUGUAAAUGUUAUUCCAGGUUACGGCCCAACUGCUGGUGCAGCUAUUGCGGAACAUCCAGAAAUUCGUAAAGUCGCCUUUACCGGAUCCACAGAGGUCGGACAUUCCAUAAUGGUAGCUGCUGGUAAAAGUAAUCUUAAGCGUGUCAGUCUUGAAUUAGGUGGCAAAAGCCCGCUCGUUGUUUUUGAUGACGUUGACGUGAAAGAGGCUGCAGAAAUCGCGUAUAAUGCAAUAUUUAUAAAUCAUGGACAAAACUGUUGUGCAGGAUCACGAACAUUUGUACAUUCAAAGAUAUAUAACGAAUUUGUAAAACAUGCUAAACAGUUAGCGCUUAACAGAAAAGUUGGAGAUCCAUUUGAUUCUAAAACGGAGCAAGGUCCACAGAUCGAUCAACAGAUGUUAGACAAAGUUUUGAACUUAAUCAAUUCGGGCAAACAGCAGGGUGCUGUUGUAGAAGCUGGUGGACAUCGUAAAGGUGAUAUUGGCUACUUUGUAGAACCCACAGUUUUUUCAAAUGUUACUGAUGAUAUGAGAAUCGCCAAAGAAGAAAUUUUUGGCCCUGUUCAAACAAUCUUGAAAUUCGAUACUAUGGAUCAAGUAAUUGAACGUGCCAAUCGCACUAACUAUGGUCUUGCUUCUGGUAUAAUUACUAAAGAUAUUAACAAAGCUUUGGAAUUUGCCCAAGCUGUCGAAGCAGGUAGUGUUUGGGUAAAUUAUUAUGAUGCUAUCACACCACAAACGCCAUUUGGUGGUUUCAAACAAUCUGGCAUAGGACGUGAAUUGGGAGAAGAAGGCUUAAAAGAAUAUCUCGAGAUAAAAACAAUUUCCAUCAAUAUUGCAAAAGAGAACUAAUAUAUAUAUUGCAUGAUGUCUGAAUUUUUAAUUUUCAUAAUAUUUUUGUUUUAAAUAAAAUUUUUGUAUCAGAAUAUUAAUAAAAUAAAAUAUAUACUGAUUUAUAUAGUGAUUUAUCGUAUAUUAAAAUUUGGGAAAUCAUAUGUUGAUAUCUUCUUUUUCAUUUCUCUUACAAUAUAGAGAAAAAAUUGUAUAUAUAUUUGUGAGACGUGUAUGUCUCAAAAAAUUAGGGAAAUAUAUUUACUGUAUAAAGUAAACUCGAGAUAAAGAACAAACUAAUUAUA